UACCCAAUUUCGUUACGAAUAUAUCAACUCAUAUAUAUUUGUACAGUUAUAUAUCGAAAGGCGAGUUUGUCAACAAGAUAUUGUGGCUAUUUGCCCAAUAUACGAGUACCUAAACUCGACUAAAAAUAUAUCUUCAUAGUUUAAGGAUGCGAUUCAGGUGUAGUAGUAGUAGUAGUAGUAGUAAGUAGUGUCGCUCAGCAUGCUUCUACAGCGGUAAUACUCUCGCUGUGUUACAGUUGGACUUAAAAAAAGGGUUAUAGUAAACAUGACAACUAAACUCCAAUGAUGUAAGCUUAUUAAAAGUAUUAAAUACGUGAGUAUUUUUUUAUUUUUUAGCUAAUUUAAACAUAUUUAUUAUUUUAAAUACACAAUAAACAAUACGCACAAUUUAUAACCUUUAUUUAUCUCAUAAGAAAAUUCUGUUAAAGAAAGAUCCACUCAUGACAUUUAAGUAUAUGAGUAAGGUGAGAGGAAGAGAUAAGACCGAUGCUAUUUUUUGCUUACGUAACUACCCUUUCGGAUUCUAUCUUCUAAAACAUACGCUUUAAGAAGGGAACUUUUUUUAAUAGAAUAAUAAAUUAAGAAGUUUUAUAGUUUAACGAAUAAAUCUGUCGAAGUUCGGGGGUUAAUAAUUUAUACGUAUUGGUAUUAUUUUUUCUUUUGUUUUAUUACUGAUUUAUCCGAAGAAAAGUGUAAAUGUGCAGACAAUGCAGAAAAGGUCUUUGCCAUCAGAUAGCCUAUAUAAAACAGACCAGACUCUAAGAAUAACCGAACUCAUCGUGACGAGUAGAUAACUAUUCAGAAAAUAGUUUUGAUAAGAAAAAAAAAUGUGGCUUUAUUACAAGUGCUUUAAUUUAAAAUCUGUUAUCUUUACCGACGAUGAAAAUAUGGCGCUUUGUUUUUUCUUUUUCUUUUCUUCCACGAAUUUAACACAUUCCGAUUUCGAAAAAAACAAAUAAGAGAAGUCGGCACAGCUGCAUUUGAAUGUUUGUCUUUCAUUUUAACACCCCUAUUAGUUUAUAAACAUUAACGAAACGAAAUUUUCUGCAGUCAUUUAUCGUGUGCUAGAAAUUUUAGUCAUGUAAUUUAUUCAUAAGAAUUCGAAAUCCGGGGAACGAAGAAGUAAGAUGAUGAAAAAACGCCAUAUUAGAAGAUUCAAUGAUGAAUAGGAGCCAAUUUUCGCUCGCGUUGGAACAAUUCCACUUUGUUUCCGCCCAGUCUCGACAGUCCUCAGAAAAUUUUGGCAGUUGCUUUUCAGUAUUCGUGUUUUAAAAACGUUCCAAGAAGAGCUUUAACCUAUCAAGAACUCACCUGCAGGUAGAUUACCUUUAAGUAUGAAACGGACAGUACGAUGGCGCAGAAUGUAAAUUCUCAUCAACGAAACAACUUGGAAGGAGGAACCGAUUUCUUGAAGAAAUUAAAUAAUGAUUAUUAUGGUAAGAAAGAAGACAGCGGAACUACUAAUACUAGCAGUUCGUGCGCUUCUCCUCAGACAGAUUCGUCUAGUGUGAAUGCCUCGCCUGCAACUGAAUUAUGCAAUCAAAAAUUUCGUUUUAAAAUGGAGAAUAGGCCAACGUCUACCAUAGAAGAAGCACUAAAAACAGAAAAAGAAUUCAUAGAGUAUGUUAUGACUCUCCAAGCUACAAAGAUGGGUAGAGGAAACGAAGAAAGCGUCACGAAUCAGGAAAAAUCUAAUAGCGGAAAAAUAGUAGAAAGUGGUCGGAAAGUGGGCUUGGAUCAUCUAGAUAAUCUCUGUAAAUUAAUGGAACAAUUAAGCGAACUGAAGGAUUCCAAUGUGAAACUAAAAAGGAGAGUACAAUAUUUAGAGGAUGUUAAAACACUUCACGAAAUUCUUCGAAGCUAUCCAGCAUCUGAGACCAAAGACGACAUGGCUAUCGUUAGACCGCACAAUGCUAACGAAAUUUAUAAAAGCCAUACUUUAGCCACGGUAUCGCAAAUUCAGAAAGAAGCAAGAGAAAGAAGCAAAUCUACAGAUUUAAACUACAGUAAAAGCAAAAGGAAAUUUCCAAAAUGGUCCAAAGUUAAAGAGGCUUUGGGAUUUGAACGUUCGAAUCAAAUGGAUCUAAAGGCGCCAAUUAAGAGAUCCUCAAGAGAUUACGAUGAUAAAAUAUGUAGAGAACUGUGUAUCAAUUACAAAGAAGAUGAAAGAAAAGAUAUCAGUCCAGCGAGAUCCCUUCCUGACAGAAGUUGGUACAUGGGUUCUGUUAAUUCCUCAUCGGAAGAUAUCUUAGAAGGAUCUAACUAUAAUUCCGAGCAACCAAGUUGGGAGGACCAUAGGAUAUCGCUUUGUUUAUCCGAUCCGCAAUUUCAAGAUGAUUGUGUAAUUUCGAGACGAAAAUCUUGUGAGACAAUAGAACCAAAAAAGACUAAAGAACAAAACAAGAAAGCCAAUGGCUUGGAGGAUUUAAAUAUCUUGGGAAAACUAGAGAAAGACGAUUUGAAGAAAUCAAUUAAAACUCCGUGGGGAAAAGUUAAAACUAUUAUACAAACUAGAAGAGAUAGUUUAAAACAAAGACAGCAACAGAAUAAGAAUUACAGAAGUUUGAAAGUAGAUCAUAUAUUAGAUGAAGAUUUAGAAAAUGUCAAAAAUCUAGAUGAGAUAUUGGAGAACAAGAAAGACAGUACUGAUGGCUCUUUGGAAAAGAAGAGGAAGAUAUCGACACAACAACAAAUGAAUAAAUCAGGGCACAAAGAUUCUGCCGAUUCUUCUUCCGGACAAGUAUCCAAUAUUGUCGAAGAACUUCAGAAAAAUUUAAGCGAGGAUUUCAAUAAAAAAAUUGAGGAGUGGGAGAAAAUUAAGGCGAAAUCUUCUAGUUUAAAAUCAGAACACAAGGACAAUAAAAGAGGAAAGAGUAAAAAACUAGAAAGAGGAGAAAAGACCUUAAGACAAAGAGUUAAAGAUCUAAACUGGCUAGAAAAAGAACUACAGAAAGUUGAUAGCGAAAUGCAAAGAUUAUCCAAAGAAAAGCAAAAGUGGGAAAAGAGGGCUGUUAGACUGGAAAGACUGAAACAAGCCAUGCUUAAUAGCAAUAACAAAAAAGAAGUUUUUGUCAAGACUUCAGCGGGAGAAUUUAGAUUUGAGGGAAUCUCGGAUUCCUUUACUAAAAAGCUAUACGAAUGGGAGAUGAAACAAGGAUUAGAUCCUGAAGUAUCAACCAUCGCUUUACUCGAUUCCUGUCUAAAAUCUAAAUCACAAAAUAACGAGAGAGUACCUCUAAAAAAAGGUUAUUCGCGUUCUGAAACUAGUUUAGCAGAUGCCAAUCCUCAAUCGCCUUCUUCCAGUCCGUCUUGUAAAUAUUCCACCCUAAAACAAUGUAGAAAUCAGCUAUCUCGAGCUAACAGCGAACCAGAUUUAACUAUUUAUUCUGGUCAAAAAGAAGAAACAGAAAAAGUUCAAUCGUAUUCGUCAGGAGAUUUAUCUUCUCAUAAUCCCUCUUUCAAUCAAGAUGUUACAGAAGAACAAUCUGUACAAAAAAGCAAUACAGACAAUAUUUCGGAGAAUAAUUAUUGUGGCUUAUUGGAAGAUAAUAUGUAUCUUUUAGAGCAAUUAAGAAGCAAAGAGGAAAUUUGCAGGGGAUUGCAAGAAGAACUUCAAAGGUUAGAUGAUCGGACAGAACUGAUGACUAAACAGCAUCAGGAAGAGAUGGAGCGUUACAGAGAGAAGCUUUGGGAGAUUCAUCGACCAGGAAGGAAACCGAAAGACUUACAAAGCUCACUAAAACUAAUUGCUUGUCUAAAGACCAGAAUCGAAGAACUACAGAGAUGUAGCGAAAAGUUAAAGUUGGAUAGAGAAACUUUAGAAGAAAGCUUUAGGUACCAUAGUGAACAGCAAGCGAGAUUGGCAGAUGGAUUAGCAGAAAAAAUGAAAGAAUUACAACAAGCAGGAUGGGCAUCAAAUCUUGACGAUGGACAUAGUCGCCGAGAAGAGGUGAUUACUUGCAGUACAGAAACUGUGGCAAAGUUGAAUGACUUAUCAACUCAACUUCUUCAACAAGCCAGAGACGUGGACAAAACUUUGGCUGAAAGAAGUAGACAAGUUUGUCAUUUACGAUGGGAACUAUUACAUAGAGACGUAUCCAUGAUGCUUCUACAAGCGGAGGUACAUCGAGCUAAAUGGCAAAGUGUUGCAGCUGGAGGGAGAAGAGCGCGAUUCAAACAGAAAAGAUCGUGGUCAUCUAGCGAAAGAUUGUAUCCCAAAGAGCGUGAAGAUAGCGAAUCAGAAGAAUGGCUUCAAAAUAGAUUGAAGCAUCUCUCCACAACAACAUAUAGUGAUUGGCCUAAAAUAGAAUGUGGACCUAGUGAACUUGUUGGAACUAUUCACGAACUUAAAAAAACACUUUUAAAACUAUCAACUAGCAUUAUUGAUGCUGAUCCUGCCCAAGAGGUUACGUGUAGAACAGAAUCCGAGGUGGCCGAUAGUGAAAAAUAUGAAUUUGGCUCAAUUAAUCACAGUAGAUCUUCGUCCUUCUCCAGUGAGAUUAGCAGUCAGCUGGGUUCCUCACGUCCGGACAGUCGAUUAUAUGAUAAUGGAAGACUGUGUGGACAAAGAAGAAAUUCUCUAGGAAAUAUUAGUAGCAUGUCUGGAGCAGACGUUAGUGAUAGUUCUAGUGUGAAUGAAGCCGAAAGAUCCGCACCUUGUCUUCUGCGAUUGCCAUGGAAAACCUGGCAUUCUAAAGAUAAUGUAUCUACCUCUUCAGAAAGUUCAUUUAUGGACGAAGAAAGUUUAGCUGCUUCGUGGUUCCAUUCGAGUAAAUACGAUUAUGCUGGAGAUGAUAAGUAUUCGGAAGAUGAUCUAUGGUCGAGAGAGCUUAAUAUCCAAUUUUCAUCUCUGAACGAAGAAGAUGAGGAUGGUUCUUCAACAGGUAAUGAAAGGAAUUGUUCUGCUUCUGCUAAUUCCGUUAACAGUCUACCUUUAAUUUCAAAAUGUAAUGUACAAAGAGAAGGGAAAACACAGAAGGCAUCAAAUAAUCCAACUAACAGGCGUUCCUCAGAUUCUUCUAAUGAAAUUAUCGUGGAUAAAUUAACUGAUGUUAGUAGCCUUAAAGUUAGAACAUCAUCGUUCAAGCAAUGUUCUAAUCAGAACACUGCAUCUACAAUACUAACACAAGAAAUUCAGGAUGAUGUUACAAGAUUGAAAAGCAAACAAGAAGAAAAGAAAACAAGUCCUAUUUUACCUACAUAUGUACAGCGUUUAGAUUUAUCAUUUCCUAGUACCAGUUCUCAAGUUCAUCAUUUUACUGCUAAAACUGAAAAGAAAACAUUUUUUGAGCCAUCUGAUUCAUCUAAAAUUGCAAUAUCAGAAGUAACUGUUCCUACACAAAAAGUAAAAUUAAAUAUUUUUGGUGUAUGUGACAGUACAAUAAAAAAUCAACAAAUGAAUCGUGAAAGCAAAGAAUGUACAUUAGCUGAGUCACAAUUAAAAAAUGAAAUAGAUACACAAAUGAACUGUGCGUCCGGUAUAGAAAAUGCAGAAUAUUCUACAAAUCAAACAUCUUCAGCAGAAGGAACAACAGUUUCAGAACAGGAAAAUGAACUAAAUUCAGAUUUUUUAAAACUUCCUAAAAAUAAAGAAGGAUCAGUUGUAAAUGCACUGUGUAAACAAACGCUUCUCUUUAGUCUAAACAGUCCUGUUAUUAAGAGUGUAGGAAGUAGAGUUCCUCCACAAAGUCCUACUUCCUCUCCUGAGGCAGAUUCAACUAGUAAAGGUAAAAUAGGAUGGUUAUCCAGAAAUCUGUUCAGACAGAAAUAAAUUAUAUAAAACCUAUUUAUAAAAUUAGUAAUAUAGAAAAAUGUAAUACCUGAAAAUAUAAUCUUCAGGACUAAUAGUUUAGCAGUUAAAUGUAAUGAAAACUAUUUUUUGUUUAACUUUCAAAUAGAUUAUAACCAAUAAUGAAGUUUUAUGAAGCAAAAUUUUAAAAAAUUGA